GAUGCGCUGGCCACUCUUGCGGCACUGGAACGGCAGAAUGCUGAAGAUCCCAGCGUGGUGUCUGCACUAGCAGAGCGCAUUGCGGUCCUUGCAAAUGCCAUGGCUUUGGAGGAAGCGCUGGAGGCCAUGGCACUGCUUCGCCGGCGCUACGCGGAAGCCCCCAACAACAGGCGCCACGUUGGGCCAGCACUCCAGGAACUGGAGCUGCGUUUGCUGGAGUGUGCCCGCGAGCCCCGGGGCUUCGUCCGCGUGCUCGCCGGUUUGGCGGCUCCUGCGAGCAUGCCUGAAAUAUGGCUGCCAGCCAACCAACGGCUCAGUGCCACUUUGGCGGCUCUCACUCCACAGCUGAGAGGCCUCAGCUACCAUGAUCUCGUCUCCAUCGAGCUAGCUUUCGAUGUGCUGAGCUCUGGCACGCCGGCAGCACUCUCCGAACUCCUGAGGCAGCAGCGCAGCCUUUUCCUGCAGGAGGCACCGCUCCGUGUUUUGCUUCGCGAGCUCCUGGAAGGCAAUUUGGAGGUCCUGCCCCCAUGGCUCUUGAGGAGUCCGCUGGCCGAAGAAGCACUGCUCGACAGCUUCGUGCAGAGGUUGGAGGUGCUCAGCGACCCCGCCGCAGACUUCGAGGAUCCCUUCGAGUGCUUCGAGUUGCUCUCAGCCAAAGGUCGACUUCCCAGCAGCUUCCUUCGAUCUUUGGCUGCUUGGGUGCGGCGGAACUUGCGUCGUGGGUCCCCCGAGGCUUCUGCUCGACUGAUAACGGCCUCCCGGCUGUGUGCCCUUGACGAUUCGUUCACGGCCCGCAGAAUGACUGGCUGCAGAGAAACCUUGGAAGCAGCCAUCCGCGCCUUCGUGAUCUUCGGCCCACCGGAGAAAAAGUGCUCCGCAUGGUGCAGUGUGGCGAAGGAAGCCGCAGAAGAAGCUCAGAGGCUUGCCGAAGAGAAGGCGAUCAGAGAGGAGAAGGAGCGGAUCGAGCGGGAGGAAAUGCUGGCCAGGGCGCGGGAGGCUCACAAGGAGCAAAGGGAGAAGGAAGAGGAGUUCCGGAAAGCGCUGAACAGUGAUCCAGCGGACUUGCGGAAGGCCGCGGAGGACAUCAUGGAGGCCGACUACGGCACGGAGAUCAAGGUGGAAGGUCGUCGGGGGCUUCCGCUCCGCUUGCUGACGCGCCGCAAGGAGGUGGCCUGGAUCUGGGCCGGGGAGGUACAGGAGCUCAUUGGCGGUGGUGCGCCGGAUGACACUUUCACACAGUAG